AUGGAGCCCGUGGGCUCCUGGGGCCCCGCGGAGGUGACCGCCUGGCUCCGAGGGCUGGAUGCAGCGGUGCAGGGGUACCCCUUCGAGGCCUGGGAGCUGGCAGGGCCUGACCUGCUGGGGCUGGAUGUGGAGGCACUGGAGGCACUGGGUGUGUGGCCCCUGGGGCACCAGGAGCUGCUGCUGGAGGCUGUGGAGCAGCUCCGUGAGCUGGACACAGGGCUGGCGAGCACCAGCCUGCGGACCCUGACAGAGAGGCUGCAGGAGCUGGCACAGGGCAUCCAGAGCCUGGUGCUGGGGGGGCUGUCAGCAGGGGAUGCCCCCCAGCCACCCUCCCUCACCCUCCUGGCCCGAGUCAUCGACCUGGUCGGGGCUGCCAAGGGACUCUUCUCCUGGCUCAACAGGUACCUCUUCUCCACCCUCAACGACUUCUCGGCCAGCCAGGACAUCGUCCUGCUGUGUGCCCAGCUGGGAGAGACACUGCAGGCGGAUUGUCCUGCAGCUGAGAGGGACAGGCAGAUCCUGCUGAUCUGCCAGCACAUCGUGGGCAUCUGCGAGAGCAUCGUGGGCUGCAGCCCCCCGGCGCUGCUGGACCGCAGGGCUGUGCUGCAGCAGGUGGGGCUGGCGCUGCCCCCUGGCCCAAGGGGCAGCCCCUUGAGGUCCCCCAGCACCCCAUCGCUGCCUGCAGGCCUGUGGCAGAGCCCACCAACAUCCCCUGACUCGCCAACGCUGCCCCUCAGCCCAUGGGGGAGCCCCCCAGUGUCCCCUGACACUUCAGUGCCACCCUCUGACCCCCUGACACUCAUCACCACCCCGCUGGGCUUUGAGAUCACCUCCACCAGCUCCUGCCUGCACUUCGUGUCUGCCACCACCUCGGAGGACUGGGCACCCCACUCCCACCCUGCCUCUGCCCAGGCCCUGGCUGCCCACGGGGGGCACAUCCUGCCCGGGGACGAGAUCGUGCAGGUCAAUGAGCAGGUCGUGGUGGGUUGGACACGCAUCAACCUGGAGAAGAAGCUGCUGGAGAAGGCAAACGAGGUGACACUGGUGCUGAAGAAGAUCCCCCUUGACCUGCAUGGCUCACCCCCCUCUCCCAGGCAGCAACUCCCGGGAGCAUUUUCGGAUGCUGCGGAUUCCCCCGGCACCAGGAGUGGCGAGUGCCCAGGCAGCCCCGUGUCCCUGACCUCCAGUGGGGUUGAAACUAUAUUUAGACAUGACCCUUCUCCUCUCCCGGAAUGGAAAGGCGUGCGGGGAGCCAACGGCAGCGCGGGCAGGAGCCACCGGCCGGGCUCCCACCCUGCCGGGGACCACGGAGGUCUGGCGGAGCUGGUGCUGAGCCCCCACCACCGCGUCCCCUCCAGCCCCACUCCUGAACCGCGGGUGCCCCACCCAGAGGCCGACAGUGGGAUCCCUGCAGACGUCAAAGAGGUUUGUGGCUCAGGAAUCCCGUUUUCCCCCAGCGUUGGUGCCGACUUGGACUCCGGGCCGGACUCAGCGCCGGAUCCCGUCACUGACGAAGAGGAGGAAGAGGACGAGCAGGACCUGAGGCUGCCCAGGGCGGCCGUGGAGGAGCUGCCGGGACUGUCAGGACGGGGCACUGCAGAGGAGGAGUGGGAGAGUGGCACCCCCUUGGACACCCCCUUGGACACCCCCCUGGGCACCCCACCGGGCACCCCACCGGGCAUCCCAAACUCUCCGGGCAUCUCUGCUGCCACCAGACCCCGCAGCACAGAGCUGAGCCCCACGGCAGCCCCCACCACGGGGGCUGGGGGUGCAGAGCCCUGCCAGCUCCCUGGGGAGGGCAGCCCCCAGACAGGACGCAGACCAAAAGGAGUGGCGACCAGGCUGAGCCGCCGGCGGGUCUCGUGCCGGGACCUGGGCCGGGUGGACUGCGAUGGGUGGCUCCUCAAGAAGAAGGACCACGUGGCCUUCAUGGCCCAGAAGUGGAAGCGGUGCUGGUUCGUGCUGAAGGGCCACACGCUCUACUGGUACAACCACCCCAACGAUGAGAAGGCUGCAGGACUCAUCAACGUGGCCACCUAUGACCUGGAGAGCACGAGGGAGCAGAAGAAGAAAUAUGUGUUCCAGCUGUGCCACCAGAAGUACAAGCCCUUUGUCUUUGCUGCCGAAACCUUGGCUGACCUGAGCAUGUGGGUCAGUCGGCUCAUAACAGCCAAAACAAAGUACACACUCGCCCACCAGUCAGUCCCAGACAAGGAGGAAGACUGCUACAGCGAGACAGAGGCUGAGGACCCCGAUGAUGAGUCCCCCAGGCAUGGAUGUGACUCGCCGAGGAAGAGGCUGCAGAACCCCCCGGACAAAGCCCAGCUCUCCCCAGCCAGCGGCGAGUCCAGCAGCCCCCAGGGCAGCCCCCGGCCCUUGCUGGAGACUGAGAUUUAA